UUCAAAAAUCCGCAUCACCCUUUCUCUCUCUCUCUCUCUCUAUUGGCGAUAGGAUCUUUCAAGAUUCCGAAGAAUCGAACCCUCCGUCAAAUCCUAAAUCCUCUCUGAUCCAAAAAAAAAUAUAUAUAUAUAUAUAUAUUCGAUUCGAUUCCUAUAGAUACACAAUAUAUACAUUUACCCGCCAUUUCGGAUUCUCCGCGUUCUCGGCAUGCGCAAAUGAUAUGAGCAUCCACAAUUGCCGGCUUCCGAUGUGUUUCGAAACCCUACGGACGCCUCUCACCUCCGCUGUCGCCGAUAUGUCGCCGGAAAAAUCUCCUGCGGAACCCGUCAACGGAGAAGAGCAUCAGUUUGUGCCGCCGCUCAAUUUCUCCAUGGUCGAUUACGGAAUAUUCCGGUCCGGAUUCCCCGACACCCCUAAUUUCCCCUUCUUAAAAACCCUAGGCCUCCGAUCAAUCAUAUACUUGUGUCCAGAGCCUUACCCCGCCUCGAAUAUCGAGUUCCUCAAUGCGAAUGGAAUUCGUCUCUUUCAGUUCGGGUUGGAAGGAUCCAAGGAGCCAUUUGUAAAUAUCCCCGAUGCUAUAAUUCAUCGUGCACUCGAAGCAGUAUUAGAUGAACGAAAUCAUCCGCUCCUAAUUCACUGCAAACGGGGAAAGCACCGGACUGGUUGUCUUGUGGGAUGCCUUAGGAAAUGGCAAAAUUGGUGUCUGUCUUCGAUUUUUGACGAGUACGUGAGGUUUGCAGCUGAUAAGGCUAGAGUUUCGGACCAACGGUUUGUCGAGUUGUUCGACAUUUCCAGCAUCAAGCAGUUGCCAUCAACAGAUUCUUGUUCAUAAAAUUAAACUGCUCUUGCUAUGCCAGACGAUAAACUUGCUAUAUAGGAAAACAUAUUGUUACUUAGCUUAUUAAUUUCUCACUGAAAUUAUUGAAACAUUGCUAGUUAUUUUAUGUUAGCAAUGGUUUUAUUUGAUUUUAGCAAUUUUCUCA